AUGGCUGGGGAUGAAUUCGAUGCCGAAUACUACAAGAGUCUCCUAAAUUCCCUAACGAUCAAUUCUAGGGCAGUGAUCACUGAACUAACCUCAUUGGCUGAAGAACAUAUCGAUAAUUCCAUGGAGAUUACAAAAAUGAUCGAAGAUCGAAUUAAGAGGUGUGUUCCUAAACAGAAACUAUUUGCAUUUUACUUGAUGGAUUCAAUAGUGAAGAAUAUUGGUAAUCCAUAUAACAUUAUUUUCAGUCAGAAUCUAUUUAAAACUUUUGUGGAGACAUAUAGUUUGGUUACGGAUACUCCGACGCGACAAAGUUUGAUUAACUUGUUUAGAACAUGGAUGCUGGGGAAGAAUAGUGGUGGAGGCGAGAUAUUUCCCGCAGCAGUAUUGGCUAAAAUUGAAAAGUUUAUAAUCCAGGCUACGACUAUCCAAGGUGGUGGAUCGAGCAUUAUCAAUCAAACAACUAUCAGUGAUGGUAUUCCCACAUCGAAGUUAACUCCAGAUAUGUUGCUUAGAGAAGGCAGAAGUUUAUUGCAUUACGUUAUUACUUUGGACAAGGCAUUGGAUAAGAAGAUUGACGAGAAUAAACAAUAUUUAGAUAAGAAAGAUGAAGAUUUCAAAUUCGUGCAUGAAAUCGAAAUACGAAGGAAUUUACUUGUGCUGAUUAUAAACGAAACAAUGGAUUCAGUCUACUUUGAUGUUCAAGGUAGCAAUGACGAUACUAAGUCAUUGGGUGCAUUCACGGUUCAAAAUAAUAAGUUUGAGGAUCAUGUUGCGAAAUAUCAAACAGAUUUGAAGUCGGUAAGGAAAGAAUUGGAUGAACAUUCAUAUCAGCAAGAUCAGUUCUUGAAGAAAUUUGACGUUAAAAUAAAGGAGUUAAUAAGUAAAGAAAAACUCAAAGAGGAGAAAUUGAAGGCAAAGCAAAAGAUCUUUCAAUAUUUGGAAGAUAAUAAAGUUGUGAUUGAUUAUCAACCUGACAUUGAUUAUUUCUCAAAUAUAACCCGCGAUAUUCACAAAGAUCCUAAAUUUGUAUCUUUAAUUAAUAGAUGGGGUAAAACUCCAGUGUAUCGUCAAGAGAAUAAACUGGGACAGAAUAAAAGAGAUGAAAAGCAAAAUGAAAGAGACAAUGGAAAUAAAUCGGAAGGGAACAGUUUAGGUUUUAAUUUCGGAUCGAUAGACUUUAAUGAACUUUCCCUGAAUGAUCUGGAACCGCUGUCGACAUUAUUAAGCUCGAGUUUAGGAUCAAGUUUCCUUUUGGGUAGUAACAGUAAUGAUAAUGACGACGACGACGAAGACCAAGAAGAACAAGAAGAAGAAAAUGCGCACGAUAAUCCACUUUUCACAAGGAUACGACCACCGACCCCUCCACCAAGAUCUCUAACCAUAGGUUCGUCGGUGGAGGAAUCACCUAAAAAACUCAGCUUUAACGAUUACAAACAGCAUAAAUCGGUAUUGGCGUCUGCGCCGAUUGAGUCGAUGGCUACACCACCCCCACGUCCCCCAUUACAACAUGAAAUAACAGUCGAGAGAAAAUCUAGUUUGAAAAAGAGGUCAAUUGGAGGAGAUUUUAAUCGGGUGGUUAAAAAGGUUAGAUUUGAUAUCUAA